AUGGAACUCCAGCACGUUGAAUCAGCCAGAAAUCCCAAACCUCAAACGUGGUUUCGAGACUUCUGCGGUGCAGACUUCUCAGGAAUGCGCAUCUUCCUUGAACAAGUUACACUGGGACCAGCUCCAGUGGAAGAACGAUAUAGGAUCACUGUCCAGAAAGUGCCGCGACGGCCAAUGCUCCUAAACCACGCUUCACUGGUUACAAAACAGGUUGCUGACAUGUCCAGCAUUGGAGCGAAAUCUGAUUGGUCGAAAAUCACGACCUUACAGCCAAUCAUGUUCAAGUACUACAAAAUGCCAGCGCACAGUACCGAACUCCAUGGGUCUACUAUAAGCCUGUUUAUGACUAUGCGUCCAAUGUCCACCCAAUUGUAA